AUGGGAGAGAUCGACCCAGCUUUUGUUCAAGAACUAGAACACAGACCAAAACUCUCCAUCAUCGAAGCCAAAGGAAUUCCCGAAAUUGACCUCUCCCCAUUAUUCCCCCACCAACUUCCAAAUCCAUCUGCUAUUGAAAGCUUAGUGAAGGAAAUCGGAAGUGCAUGCAAGGAGUGGGGAUUCUUUCAAGUCACAAAUCACGGAGUUCCUCUGAGUCUUAGGCAUAAACUUGAGGAAGCUUCUAGACUGUUCUUUGCUCAGAGUUUGGAAGAGAAAAGGAAGGUUGCAAGAGACGCGAUCAAUCCAACUGGUUAUUAUGACACAGAACACACCAAAAAUGUUAGAGACUGGAAAGAAGUGUUUGAUUUUCUUGCCAAAGACCCCACUUUGAUUCCUGUUACUUCUGAUGAGCACGAUGGUCGAGUUACUCAAUGGACCAAUCAAUCUCCUCAAUAUCCUCCAAACUUCAGGGCUAUAAUUGAAGAGUAUAUUGAAGAGAUAGAAAAGCUGGCCUUUAAGUUACUGGAGCUAAUAGCUUUGAGCUUAGGAGUUGAAGCAAAGAGGUUUGAAGAAUUCUUCAAGGAUCAAACAAGCUUUAUUAGAUUCAACCAUUAUCCUCAAUGCCCUUCCCCUCACCUUGCUCUUGGCGUUGGACGACACAAAGAUGCUGGUGCCUUGACUAUUCUUGCUCAAGAUGAGGUUGGAGGACUUGAAGUGAAGCGAAAAUCAAAUCAAGAAUGGGUUCUUGUGAAACCUACUCCCGAUGCUUACAUUAUCAACGUUGGUGAUAUCAUUCAGGUUUGGAGUAAUGAUGCAUAUGAGAGUGUGGAUCACAGAGCAAUGGUGAAGAAAGAGAAAGAAAGGUUUUCUAUUCCAUUCUUCUUCAACCCUGGACAUGACGCUGAAAUUAAGCCUUUGAAGGAGCUUAUAAACUACCAAAACCCUUCAAAAUAUAAGGCAUAUAAAUGGGGUAAGUUUUUAGUCAAUAGAAUAAACAGCAAUUUCAAGAAACAAGAUGGGGAGAAUCUUCAAAUUUAUCAUUACAAGCUUACUUAG